CCUGUAUUUAAUUAAAAGAAGGAGUGGGGCAGGGCCGAGCCAGAAGAGCACUGUUGUUCUUAGCGGGGGGAGCCAGAGGAGUUAAAAAGUUAAACCUUGAUUGCCUGGGUCUGUGAGAAUUCAGCAUGGAAUGUCUCUACUGUUUCCUGGGAUUUCUGCUUCUGGCUGCAAGAUUGCCGCUUGAUGCUGCCAAACGAUUUCAUGAUGUGCUGAGCAAUGAAAGAACUUCUGAUUAUAUGAGGGAGCACAACCAACUGGCUGGUUGGUCUUCAGAUGAAAAUGAAUGGAAUGAAAAACUGUAUCCAGUGUGGAAGAAGGAAGACCCAAGGUGGAAAAACUGCUGGAAAGGAGGCCAUGUGCAGGCGAUUCUGACCAGUGAUUCACCAGCACUUGUGGGCUCAACUAUCACGUUUGUGGUAGACCUGGUAUUCCCCAGAUGCCAAAAGGAAGAUGUCAGUGGCAACAUAGUCUAUGAGAAGAACUGCAGAAAUGAUAUUGGUCCAUCUCCUGACCUGUAUGUUUACAACUGGACUGAGGAAGGUGGCUGGGGAAAUAGCCCCAACCAACACCAUCACCACGUGUACCCUGACGGAAAGCCUUUCCCUCACCACCCUGGAUGGAAGAGAUGCAAUUUUGUCUACGUCUUUCACACACUUGGUCAGUAUUUGCAGAAAUUAGGACGGGGUUCAGCAAGAGUUUCUAUAAACACAGCCAAUGUGACACUUGGCCCUCAACUCAUGGAAGUAAUUGUUUACAGAAGACACCAACAUGCAUAUGUCCCCAUCGCAAAAGUGAAAGACGUGUACGUGGUAACAGAUCACGUUCCUGUAUUUGUGACUAUGUAUCAGAAGAAUGAUCGAAAUUUAUCUGAUGAAACGUUCCUCAGGGACCUCCCCAUUAUGUUCAAUGUCCUGAUUCACGACCCUAGUCACUUCCUCAAUGAGUCGGCCAUUUACUACAAGUGGAACUUCGGGGAUAAUACUGGUCUGUUUGUUUCCAACAACCCAACUUUGAAUCACACAUACGUGCUCAAUGGAACCUUCAGCCUUAACCUCACUGUACAGGCUGCGGUACCUGGACCUUGUCCUUCGCCUUCGCCCACACCUCCGAAACCCACCUCUCCUUUAUCAGCAGCCGGUGACAACCCCCUGGAGCUGAGGGAGACUCCUGAUGAAACCUGCCACAUUAACAGAUACGGUUACUUUAGAGCCACCAUCACGAUUGUAGACGGAAUUCUGGCGGUCAACAUCAUCCAGAUGACGGACGUUCUGGUGCCCGCGCCACAGCCUGACAACUCGCUGAUGGAUUUCGUCGUGACCUGCCAAGGGAUCAUGCCCACAGAGGUCUGUACCGUAGUUUCUGACCCUAGCUGCCAGAUCACCUACAACACGGUCUGCGACCCUGUAGAUGUGAACACAGGUGAUUCGUGCUUACUGACUGUGAGAAGAGCCUUCAGGGGGUCUGGGACAUACUGUCUGAACCUCACUCUGGGUGAUGAUAGAAGCCUGGCCCUCACGAGCACCCUCGUCUCUGUCCCUGCAAGAGACCCAGCUUCCCCUUCAAGCAUGGCAAAUGGUGCCCUGGUCUCCGUUGGCUGCUUAGCCAUAUUUGUCACUGUGAUCACCCUUUUGGUAUACAAAAAACACAAGGAAUACAAAUACCUGAUAGGAAACGGUACUGGGAUCAUGAUCAAAGGCAAAGGCCUGAAUGUCUUCCUUAACCACGCAAAGGCCCUGUUCUGCCCUGGGAACCAGGAACAAGAUCCAUUGCUCAAACACCAGCCGGGAACUGUUUAAAUCUUCAGCUUUCUUUCUGACCAACAGCUCACUCCUCAGGUGAGCUAUGCCAGAGUUGAUGACUAUUAACUUCUGUUCCUAAAGAUUAUUGUUAAACUCUCUACUGGGGCUUAGGGAGGUCCAAAGGGUUUUUUUAUAGGCUAAAUGACAUCUUAGAGAAGUGGAGAAGAAUCACACUGUGCGCGGCCUCAGCCGUGUUAUAGAACUGAUAAAACCAGUUAGCACUGCUUUCUUUCAUUAUGAUUUAU